GCCCCGUGAAUCCUCACUUACUCAUUGAGAUUUCUAUCGGUUUAAAGCGGCCUUCCAGCAGCUGAAGCUCUGGGGGCUGCAGUAUUGUCCUGGCCGAGAGCCAAGGCAGAGCCCCCCCCCCCCCCAAGAAGACUGUUUUAUUUUAGGGUUUUGGAACGUUUCUGUCUGUCUGCUCAGGGGACGGGUGUAUACACACACGUGAGUAUAGAUGAUGAAUGGGGCUCCGAGAGUAGCUCUUCCUCCCCCACAGUUUUUAUAGGAAGAGUAUCUUUUCAACGGUGGGCUUGAAGGCAACCUGCAAAUCUAAGGCACGCUUAAUUCUCCAAGCCUCAGCCCCCGAUGCUGGAGCCGACUGACGCGUUGGAUGCAGCGUGUGGGAUGGUUUUUCUCCCUCUCCGGAGCUCUGAAUGUUUUCUGCCGUUCUGAUGGUGAACGAUGAGACAGGCUACCAUGGAUUUCAGCACCUCGUCUGUGUUUGAUCAGCAAAAAGGUGACUCAUCUGAGGAAGUGGACCUGACCAUGGUGUAUCAGGCAGCAUCUAAUGGAGACGUCAAUGCUCUGACUGCCGUGAUUCGAGAGGAUCCUUCUAUCCUGGAAUGCUGUGACAGUGAAGGAUGUACGCCCUUGAUGCAUGCGGUUUCUGGUCGUCAAGUGGACACGGUGAAGCUGCUGUUGAAGAUGGGUGCCAACAUUAAUACACAGGAUGCGUAUGGCCGCACCAGCUUAUGCCUGGCAACUUAUCUGGGCUGGCUUGAAGGCUGUGUGAGUUUGCUCAGAAACGGAGCCAAGCACAACAUCCCAGAUAAAAAUGGCCGCCUGCCACUCCACGCGGCCACAGCGGAGCCUGAUGUGAGGCUCCUCAUAGUCCUGCUGCAGCAGUCCAGCCUCGGUGAGAUCAAUCACCAGGACACGGAGGGAAUGACACCGCUCCAUUGGGCAGCCUUCCACAACCGGCCUCAGCACACACAAAUGCUGUUGAAGAAGGGGGCAGACCCUACCCUCGUGGACAAGGACUUCAAAACAGCUCUCCAUUGGGCAGUUCAGAGCGGAAAUAGAAUCCUGUGCUCCAUCAUUCUGAGUCAUCACCAGGGCCCAUCCAUCAUCAACUACGACGAUGACAGCGGGAAGACGUGUGUCCACAUCGCGGCAGCUUCAGGUUUCGGUGACAUUAUUAACGAUCUGGCAAAAGUCCCUGAGUGUAACCUGCAGGCUCUGGAUGUGGAUGACAGGACACCCCUGCACUGGGCUGCAGCUGCUGGAAAGGCAGAGUGUGUCCAGUCCCUGCUGGACUUGGGCAUGGACUGUAACCUGAGGGACAUUAACGAGAGCACGCCCCUGGCCUACGCCCUGUACUGCGGUCAUACAGCCUGUGUCAGGCUCCUCUCCCAAGAAGGCCGAGCAGAGGCUACUCGACCUCUUCCUUCCCAGAACAGUGUACCCCAAAAGAAAGAAGGACGAUUCAGCGUGCUCAACCAGAUCUUCUGCAAAACCAAGAAAGAAGAACAGAAAUCCCAUCAGAAGGACCAGAGCAGGGACAGACACAAGGAGGAGGACACCUCGGAAGUCAAUGACAUCAUCACCACCUUUGACAACACCGUGGAUACCAACUGCCAAGAUCAGCCUGGUGACCAGGUGGCUAUGGUCGUCUUUAAGAAGAGGACCUCAGAGAAUUCAAAGUACUUCUUGUCAGAAAAGAAACCCCUGGCCCGGAAGGGGCUUCCACCAAUCAGAACACAGAGUCUCCCACCCAUCACGCUGGGCAAUAACUUCCUGACAGCCUCCCAUGGAACCACUUCCCAUGCUGGCCUGAGCUCUGGUCCUCAGCAAACUGCCCAGCGCUCUCAGAAAAGCCGAAGUGAACAGGACCUGUUAAAUAAUAGGACUGGCUGCCCGGGGGCAACAGAAAAUCCCUGGAAGGGUGACACUAGGCAGAUAUUCUCCUGCAAGGCUUGGACCGUGUCUUCUGAUAAGUUACUAGACAGGCUGUGCGUUGGCCAGCCCGGUCACCAGGAGCUCGCUGGGCCACCACACCUUCCGCAUCUACAUAAUGCCUCGCCAGGACAAGCUCUUCAGCAUCUCUCCCCAAACAGACCUAAAGGCAGGGAUCUUCUUUUCACUCGGAACAGCCUUGCACCUCUGCCGGACCAAAAAUUUCUGUCUGGAGAACCUCUGAGAACAAACCGAGUGCUUCCGGCGAUUCCGAGCCAGAGGGGACAUGGCCCACCAGCUGAAGAGACUGAGCGCUCCUCCAGUCCCACCCAGGAUGGGAACUAGCUGCAGGCCGCUCUCUGUGGAAAUAGAGAAGAUACAUAUUUUUCAACUUUCCAGCGGUGAGAUUGCUCUGGUUUAUAGGAACGAAGUCUUCAUUUAGUAAGUUGUGCUCUACAAGCCAUUCACGGUUUUAUAAUUCAAGAUUCCUUAUUUCAAAUAAAUAUACUUCCUAAAUACAUACUUAGGAUCUUCAGGUGUGCAAACAUUACCAAGUCUAUGAGUUUCUGUGACUUUCCCUACAUGCUGUAAUUCAGAAGCAAAAUACAUUCCUAGCAGGAGGAUUUAGGUGCAUUUCAUUCAUAUUUGUGGCAUGUUUACUGUUUUGUCUGGGUUUUUUUUUUUUUUUUCCUUUUUCUUUUCUUUUUUUUUUUUUCUUUUUGCUUAUUUGUUGACUUUAUGUAAUUUUUUAAGUGUAUGCUUUGCUGAAUAAAAAUAUAAGAAAAGUAAAUCCUAGACUUGUUUUUCACAUUUGUUUCCAUUCUACCUCAGCCUGACAAAAUAUAAUUAAAAUUUAGUACUAAAUUCCUGAUUGUCAGUCACAGUGUAUGGCUCUGAAAUGCAUGAUCUUCUGCAAAAUAUUUUCUGAUAUUGUCAGCUCUUGGCGAAACCCCAAGUCACUUGACAGUGUUUCUUGUCUCUGUUAUUUAAUUAGUUCCACUUUCUGUUGUUUUCAAACAUGUUUGAUGACCCCAGUAAUAAAAAAGGUCAUGGGAGCUGGCAAGGUGUACUCCCUGGUCUGAUUGAAUUUCUCACCGGGUCCUCAAACAUUCUACCUGUUAAGAAUUCUCUUGGAGCUGGAGAGAUGGCUUGGUGGGUAAGAGUACUGUCUGCUCUUCCAAAUGGACCCGGGUUCAAUUCCCAGCAACCACACGGCAGCUCACAACUGUCUGUAACGCCAGUUCCAAGGGAUCUGACAUCUUCACACUA